UUGAAGAAAACGUUACGUAUUUUACGUGAGUGACGUAACGCCGUUGUCCUUCCCUUCUUGCUGUGCGUAGCCAAAACCAAGCGCAUCAUGGCGUCCCUGUCAAUGGCCCCCGUCAACAUCUUCAAGCAUGGAGCUGAUGAGGAGAAAGCUGAAACUGCUCGUCUGUCGUCUUUUGUGGGCGCCAUUGCCAUCGGGGAUCUGGUGAAGAGCACUCUCGGACCCAAAGGCAUGGAUAAAAUUCUGCUUGGAGGGGGAAGAGACGCCACAGUGACGGUGACAAACGACGGCGCCACCAUCCUGAAGGCCAUCGGUGUCGACAACCCGGCCGCUAAAGUUCUUGUUGACAUGUCCAAGGUCCAGGAUGAUGAGGUCGGCGAUGGAACGACGUCUGUCACCGUUUUGGCAGCCGAGCUUCUCCGGGAGGCGGAGCUGCUCAUCGCCAAGAAGAUCCACCCACAGACCAUCAUCUCAGGCUGGAGGAAGUCCACACAGGCGGCCCGUGAUGCGCUGCGGGAGGCGGCUGUGGACCACAGCAACGACCCUGCCCGUUUCCAAGAGGACCUCUUGAACAUCGCGCGCACCACGCUGUCGUCCAAACUCCUGACUCACCACAAGGCCCACUUCUCCCAGCUCGCUGUGGACGCCGUCAUGAGGCUAAAAGGCUCAGGCAACCUGGAGGCCAUCCACAUCAUCAAGAAGCUGGGUGGCAGCCUCACCGACUCCUACCUGGACGAAGGUUUCCUGUUGGACAAGAAGAUCGGAGUGAACCAACCCAAGAGGCUAGAGAAUGUCAACAUCCUCAUCGCUAACACAGGCAUGGACACUGACAAGAUUAAGAUCUUUGGAUCAAGGGUUCGCGUGGACUCCAUGGCGAAGGUGGCUGAUAUCGAGCUGGCCGAGAAGGAGAAGAUGAAAGAGAAAGUGGAGCGUAUCCUCAAACACGGCAUUAACUGCUUCAUCAACAGGCAGCUCAUCUACAACUACCCCGAACAGCUCUUUGCUCAGGCCGGCGUCAUGGCCAUCGAGCAUGCCGACUUUGCUGGCGUGGAGCGCCUGGCCUUGGUCACUGGCGGCGAGAUCACAUCGACCUUUGAGCAUCCUGAAUUGGCGAAGUUGGGUCACUGCAAGCUGAUCGAGGAAGUGAUGAUCGGCGAGGACACGCUCAUCCACUUCUCAGGCGUGGCCAUGGGUGAGGCGUGCACUAUCGUGCUGCGAGGAGCGACUCAGCAGAUUUUGGAGGAAGCGGAGCGCUCUCUGCACGACGCUCUGUGCGUGUUGGCUCAGACCAUAAAGGAGCCGCGCACCGUCUACGGCGGAGGCUGCUCUGAGAUGUUGAUGGCCAAGGUGGUGAGUGAUUUGGCCAAUAAGACGCCAGGGAAGGAGGCAGUCGCCAUGGAGUCCUUCGCCAAGGCCCUAAUGAUGCUGCCCACCAUCAUUGCUGACAACGCCGGCUACGACAGCGCUGACCUGGUGGCUCAACUGCGCGCGGCGCACCAGGACAACAAGACCACUUUCGGCCUGAACAUGUCGGAGGGCACCGUGGGCAACAUGGCGCAGAUGGGCAUCACAGAGUCCUUCCAGGUUAAACGUCAGGUGCUGCUGAGCGCCUCCGAGGCCGCGGAGAUGAUCCUCAGAGUGGACAACAUCAUCAAAGCUGCUCCCAGGAAGAGAGUUCCUGACCAUCACCCGUGUUAGAAGAAGAGCUUGAUGAAGAUGGAGGACAUGGUCUUUAUUUAUCUCCUUGUAUUUCACGUCAAAGAAUCGCUCUCCUUCAGUGGCUAAUGCUAGCUAAAAUAAUGCCGUUAGCUAGUUGGUGUCGCUUGCAAAAAAUGUUUUUGUUCACAGAAAUAAAUGACCUUUCCUGUUUUUUCUCCAA